AUGUCACUGACUGGACCUCAACUUCUUCCCCUUGAACUGGUUGACAAAUGCAUAGGUUCUAAGAUUCAUAUAAUCAUGAAAAAUGAUAAAGAAAUGGUGGGAACGUUGCUUGGUUUUGAUGGUUACGUAAACAUGGUCUUGGCUGACGUUACUGAAUUUGAGUUUACAGCCCAAGGUAAACGUAUAACAAAACUGCCACAUAUUUUGCUGAAUGGUAGUAACAUUGUUAUGAUGGUGCCUGGUGGAGAAGGUCCUGAAAUUUAA